AUGUAUUUUGCCCGAACAGACAAAGACAAAGAACCCCUGGAGAGAAUAAUGCGAGAGUAUCUGUUUGAUACUACCUUUCUGGUUGCUGCCAACUUUCUCGCAGGCCGUCGACUUUCUGGCUUCGGCAUGGCCAAUCUGAGGAAAUGUGCAUUACACGGGCGAGUGAUGAAAUUCACGACCAAAGGUGUUAGAAUUACGUACCAGUGGACAGAUGAAGAUGAUGUCGCUAGUCCCGGCCUUAUCCAAAAGCUUGAAGGACUGGGUCUAGGUGCAAACGAUAGCCGCUCCGCGGAACCUGAUCAAAUCCUAAGCAUAAAUCUCCAGAAGUACGACGGCUUUGUGUCCAUAAGUGACGGGAGUGGAAUUGAACUGAAAGAGGACGUGUUUUGA